GAGACUGGGGUUGCAGUGCCUUAAUUCCAAUACUGUAGUUAAAGAUCGCACCAGCAUGUCAAAGGAUGAGCUUGUUCUACUGCAGAUUAGUUUUUACUGAAUUUAAUGGAGGAAGAAUUGCAAAGGAUAAUCUCAACACUGGCAAACAAAGAUGAUGAAAUACAGAAUUUCAUUGAAACAUUAAAUCACACUUUACAAAAUGUUCAGAUCAAUACUGCCAAGGUGCUGUUAGACUUGGAGCAAGAAUUUGGUACUCUCCAGACCACCCUGGAUGAAAUGAAGGACAGUAUGGCAAACAAAAUUAAACAAGAACAAGCAUACAAAAGUCAAGAACUCCAGAACCAACUGACUAUAUGCAGCAAUGCAUUGGAAGGCUCAGAGGAGCUGUUGGAGUAUGCAAAUAGGACACUGAGCACAAAGGACUCUGAAGCUUUCACUAAGGCUGCCAAGCAGAUCAAGGAUAGGGUAACAAUGGCUCCUGCAUUUCGACUAUCUUUGAAACCAAAGAUUAGUGACAACAUGACUCAUUUGAUGGUUGAUUUCUCCCAGGAAAAGCACAUGCUUAAAUCACUAAAAUUUUUACCAGUCCCACGAGCUCCGGAGGUAGACCCAGCUGAUUGUUUGGUCGCUGAUAAUUGUGUGACGAUAAUGUGGAGCAUAUCAGAAGAUGAUAAAAAAAUUGAUCACUACAUACUAGAAUACAGGAAAACCAACCAUGAGGGACUUCCUAGAAUUAAGGAAGAAAAGAACUGGGACAUCAUUGAUUACAUCAAGACUACUGAAUACACACUCUCAGGAUUAAAGUUUGAAUCCAAAUACAUGAAUUUCCGAGUAAGGGCGUGCAAUAAGGCUGUGGCAGGGGACUACUCUGAACCAAUAACCUUGGAAACAAAAGGUUUCAACUUUAACUUUGAUGGUACAACUUCACACCAGAACUUAAAAGUUGAUGAUUUCAGUGUUGAAUGGGACUCUUCAGGUGGAAAAGGACAGGAGAAUAAAGUAAAAGGGAAAGAAAAUAAGGGCAGUGGCCAGGUUUCCUUGCUGAAGAGGAAUAUGAGAAGUGGUACGCCAUCACCCAAAAGGACAUCCGUAUCCUGCCGACCAGGUUCAGGAAGAAGUAACAGAGAUCGUUUUUCUGGUGAAUCAUAUACAGUAUUAGGUGAUGGAGUGAUUGAAAAUGGUCAACAUUAUUGGGAAGUGAAGUCUCAAAAAGACUGUAAAUCCUAUAGUAUAGGUGUAUCUUACAGGAAUCUUGGAAAGUUUGAUCAGCUGGGGAAGACAAUUACUUCAUGGUGUGUUCAUAUUAACAACUGGCUGCAGGCAUCCUUUGCUGCUAAACACAACAACAAAGCCAAAGCCAUGGAUGGGCAGGUUCCAGAUAGAAUAGGAGUAUACUGCGACUAUGAUGGAGGUCAAAUUUCCUUUUAUAAUGCUGAUACAAAGCAAUUAUUACAUACUUUCAAGACAAAAUUUACUCAACCAAUAAUUCCAGCAUUUAUGGUCUGGUGUGGUGGCCUAAGCUUAUACACAGGACUACAAGUACCAAGUGCUUUAAAAUCCUUCCAGAAGGGCAAUGGUGAAUUAAGCAACUCUGCGAACAGUUUAAUUACUCUUGCUCAGUAACGAAGUGUGUGAGACUAACCUACAUGGAGUGGUGUGAUUUAUUGUUUUUAGUUUCUCAUUGAGUUGAAAAUCUGUCGUACAAGCAAUGGAAGCCAGGAUACAAUGGACCAAUUCCACUCUUUGUUUCUGAUGCACCCAGUUAUGACGGAAAUUUUCAGCGGGUACUGUACAAAUGCUGAAUCGUAACUCAGGGUAACAUCCAUAGUCGGCAAGUCCACGUCCUCAUGAAUUUCAAAAUAAUACGUUUAUAUAUAGUUUACACUCAUUAUUUAAAGAUUUUAUCCUCUGUGUGCACUCUGUACUCCUAUUAUUCCUUUAGCUGGAAGGAACAUGUAAAAAUCACAAAAGGAGCUAGUUUAGAUUUUAGGCUUGGCUUAUAAAACUGACCUGUGGUGGAGAAAUGUAACAUUCCUUCUGGGUGGGAUAAUUUGGCUAUGAUGCCAGGAAUUGAUUGAAUUGGAAUAGUUUGUAAUCAAGCUGAAUGCAAUGAUUGCACAAAACUGAUAACACCAAAGCAUGAUGUUUAAACUUAUCUUUCAGCAAGUACAUGUUUUAAAGCUGCCUUAUUUAUUGCAACUUGAAGUGUAAAUUAAGGGAAUAUAAAACCACCAAGAUAAAUGGUCAUUAUAAAAAUAUUGCUAGUGAGAGGUUUUUAUUCAAGCUAAGGGAAUCUGCUAAACUGCUUAGUAGAGGUGCUUCAGCACAACGGCUGAAUUUCUAAACGCAUUGGAUUCAGUUGGACUUCACCAAUGAAUCAAAAAAGCUGGAAUCUGUUAGUGUGCUUCCUGAGCUAUAUCAACUAGCAUUGAUAAUUGUUAAACCUGUUAAAUGAUAAAUUUGCAUAUCACUUGAAUAAAAAUGCACUGAUGCUGUCAGUAAAGGUGGAAUGACAACUGAUCUGCCUGAGCUGUGUUUAAAGAAAAACUUGUAGCUUCUCUAUAAUACAGUGUGCAUGCUCUUUUAGUCUAAUAUUAGUGCCUAUGAAGCCAUGGCUUCACUAAGUUGUCAGAUGGAUAAGUGUCCUGUAAAAUAAUUCUUGACAUUUACCCUUGUUGUAUACAGGAUAAAUUGAUCAACUAGUAUUACUAUUUUGUCCACUGGGUUUCAUCAGACAACUUGUUUUCUAACAUUAAUCUGUUGUUGUAAACCAUUCCCAGCAUAUCUUUAAUCAUCACCUCCAAUUCAGUCUGCAAAAAAUGAAUUUCUAUUGCUGGGAGCUCAUAGCUCACAUUUCACAGCUUCAUGGGGCAAGAUAGGAUACCAAGAGGCCUUCAUUCUCCUGUUGGAAUAGGUGAAUCUGAGUUUUGGAUCUAAUUUUGAUUAGUCAUAUACAGUUGAUUGAAAAUAAAUGCUCUUAAGUAAAAUGUGAAUUAAGCGUAAUUGCAAGUAGUAGCACUUUAAAAGUCAUGUGUUUAUUUCCAUUCCAGUUUCUUGCUCUCCACCUUCACUGGGGUAUUUGUAUUAAUAUUCAAUUUAUUUACUUGCACUGCUGUUUUGUAAUGGUUCUAAAUGGUUUUACUAGUUUACCUAAAGUAUCUUAAUCGGUAUUCUACAAUUAUAGAUAAUGGGAGAUAAAUUGGAAGAACUAUUUAUUUAGAGUUAUGAGCAGGGCAAAUGAUUGCAGGUUUAAUGUUGCCGGAAGGCGAAUAGCUCUGCACUGGAACAUCUUUAUCUGUACUUUGGUCAGUAAUAACAAAAAAAUGUUUUGUCAAGACCAUGAAGUCAGAUUUUCAUUUAAUGAAGCAUAGGAUAUCAAACUGAGGAUUUUCAAAUUAUUGAAAUAAAUCUGCUGCAUCCUUGAACCACGAAACAUCAAUAUUGCAUGGAUUGUUAAAAGGAUUCUCUGUAAAUCCUGAAGUAUAAAAAAUAUAUAUAAUUGCAAGUGAUCCUAUUGAAGAAUAUUACCGUGAAGAAGUUGAUUACCUUUGGUCUGUAAGUGUUUAUUCUUUGAGUAAUCUACUGUUACACCAGAACUUGCUGCAGACUAAUUAUUCGUUGAUCUCUUUAGUUUUCAUUAUAUAGUUGAAUAAUUUUGUAUUUAUGAUCUAAAACUGUUGGGAAGUAUAUCCCUUGUAUGUAUUAAUACCUCCAGAAUGAUAUCACCCAGAAUGUGAGCAUUAGUCUUUGCCCAAACAAGGCUUGAUUUUAUUUCCUGGAGUGAAUAAAAUGAUAAACGACACUUAAUAAGAAGACAGUUCAAACUUAUGGAAUUUUAAUGCUGCAAAUAUCCAACCUUACUCCAGUUAAUGUGGAAUAAAUUGAAUAAUCUGUUAAACGGUUCAUGCAUUUGGCUUUACAAAAGGAAAUAUGGUGAUAGCAAUUUUUUGACCACUUGAAGGUUUUACAUAGAAGAUACUGAUCAAGAAACUAUUUGUUUCAGCUAAAUAUUUAUUACUUGUAAUUACCACCUAACUUGUAUAAUAUCAUCAAACAGUACUAUUUUUAAAAUAGAUUUUGCGUUACUGCAACGUGCUAUAUUUUGAUCUGUGUGCUGUUGUAUUUUUGAAUUGUAGCAGGUAAUUCUGCUUUAUCUCGCUGCAUUGUGUGGGCUUAUGACUGUCCCGGUUGCUGUAAAUUCAUAGGAAAUGCCCGUUGAUGGCCAAAGUGAUAUUUGUAACUUAUACAAGUGAGCUAUAAUUUUGCAGACUGCAACAAAGUACUGUUAUAAAUGAACAUCAUGUGAUCUAUUGAGAAUUCACUGUAAAAGUAAACAAACCCCAUUCUCUGUCUUGCAUAUCCCUGUCCUCCACCGAGACCAUAAACGAUGCAGUUUCAACCAUAUGGUUUAGUUCCUACUGAGUGAACAAUAUUUGUUUUAAUUAAAUCUUCCCCAUUUUAAUGUUA